AUGAUCUUGCUUUCCAAUACCAAGUCAAGAUUAAUCUUGCUGGAAACGAAGCUGUCCUGCUGAAAUCCAGUUCUCAUAAAUCCUUGAUGAAACCUAGGGUUAGCCUGCCUCCAUUCAUUUACAGAAAACUGGGACAUUUCUCCAGAUCUAAGCAAUGAGGUUGGGGGUUAGGGGGCACAGGAAGAGAGAACCAAAUCUGCCACCAACCUCCCUAUUGUCAUGUUGGAAAAUGUGGAAGAGGUUAGUGAACAUGAUUGGGGGUGGGUGGAGCGAGAAUAGCAUCUCUAAAACUUAUUUCUUCAAAAUAUACUUUACAAAAUAUAAAAUCUGAUUCAUUGAUGUCAGUUGGUUCCUAGCCACCCUGCAGGUUCUGUCAGUCAGCUGGACACUGAUAUUAGGAGGUGCAAGAAAAGGGGCCAGGAAAGAGGCAGCUCUCAGUUCUAGCAAGCAGCUGGGUCAUGUCUGUUCAGGAACCAAACUUACCUGAUCCUGGGAGCUUGGGGUAUGCAAUUAGCCAUUUUAACACCCCUAUUGAAGAAAGGAAAAUGAAACAUCAAUCCUGAGAUGAGAGAGAAAGAACACAUACAACACACACACACCCCAAAACCUCAAACCUCUGAAGCUUCCUUAUUGUGAACCGAAAGGGGGAGUGUGUGUGAUGCAGCCUCCCUGUUGGUAGGUGAUUUCUGAAAGAUCUAGUCCUCACACUUCCUGAGGAGGCAGUCAGAAGAACAAAGCCUGCAGAGGUAGCUUUUCUCUUCAUCGUCCCAGACCCGGCUGCCAAUUGGCCUCCUGUCCCCCCCAGCACCAUCCUGGGGGAAAGAAAGAGAUGAAGUGGAAGGGGAUUGUUAUCGCCGCCAUCCUGCAGGCACAGGUCCCAAUUACAGAGGCCCAGAGUUUUGGACUGACUGACCCAAGACUGUGCUACCUUCUAGAUGGCAUCCUCUUCAUUUAUGGAGUCAUCAUCACUGCCCUAUUCCUAAGAGCAAAGUUCAGCAAAACUGCAAGAGUCGCCAGCUACCAACAGGACCAGAAUCAACUCUAUAAUGAGCUCUCCCUAGGACGCAGAGAAGAAUAUGACAUUUUAGAUAAGAGAAGAGGCCGUGACCCGGAGAUCGGAGGGAAACAGAGAAGGAAGAAUCCUCAAGAAGCAGUGUACAAUGCACUGCAGAAAGACAAGAUGGCAGAUGCAUACAGUGAGAUUGGAGUGAAAGGGGAGAAACAGCGGAGACGAGCCAAGGGAAAUGAGACCCUGUACCAGGGCCUCAGCUCAGCCACCAAGGACACCUAUGACGCCCUCCACAUGCAGCCCCUGCCUCCUCGUUAACAGGAGACCCCCGCCGACGGACUGCCCGGGCAGCUCCGCAAGGACAUGGCAGUCACGACCGACCCCCAUCCAGCAACUUGUUUCCCAGCAACCCAAGCGAUCUCUUCUUAUCUGUGGGAUGAAUCUCAAGUUAAUAUUUGGCCAUGUCCAACUCCUUACUGCGGCAAGCUCGCCUUUGAAUCUUUCAGGGGAUUUCCAGUCUCAGGGAUUACAGUUUUGUAGUAACAAUAGUAAUAGAAUACAUUUCUGAAAAGCACUCUUCUCACAAGCACCGUUCAGGGUUCAGGUAUCAUUUGCUCCCAUGAAGCCGAUCAAUCAAUCGAUUAGCAAUUAUUAAGCACCUAAUAGCCAAAGCAUCAGCCUGGCCACACGGCUGUGGAGGAUUUGGGGUCUCCUGGCCCAGCCUCUGUCUCCAGGGCAGACAGUUUUCCCUGGGACUGGAUGCUCAUACCUGUGCAGUGAAUGGAUGUCCCGCCCCACGGAGGUGCUGACGUUGAAAGAGACGGUGCCGUCUCCCCCAUUAGGAUUUACUCAAAGUCCCCUUGACUUGACUCUUGCUGUAAGUGUUGCUUUUCUGCUUUGUUGCCUUCUCCCAUUUAAAUUUGCAUUUCCUCUCUCUUCCGAUUUUAAAGCGACUUGUCAGUCCUAAAGUCACAGAGAUAGACCUUAGAAAUCACCCAGAUGGACUCCUUCACUCGACAGAAUGAAAAAAUGGAAGCCCAAGAGAGUAAGAGACUCACUUGAGGUUCCUCAGCUGGUAAAUGGCAGAAUCGAGAUUCAUACCUGGAUCCUGGGUCUUCCCAGGCUUCCUAUGAAAAGUCUCUGCUGGCGGUCGGGAGUGGACGUGGUCCGUGGCAAUAUGGGGCGGUCUAAAUAGGAUGAGGGAAAUGGAGGCGGAGGACAAAAGUAGGUGGGGAUCUGGGAAAUGAAGUUAUAGUGGCUUAGGCAGAAUCCUACAGGAACAGGGCAUGGAGGAGAAAAAUUAAGACCAUUAUUAGGAAGGCGGGGAUGUACAACUGAACAUGUCUUGGACUCACGAAAAUUAAAUUUGGUGAUGGUACAACUCUGGGGGAAAGUUGGAAGAGGAACCUGUGAGGACCAAGUUAGUUCCCUGGAUAUCAGCCAGAGUCGGGAUAAGCAAAAGUCCUUGGUCUUUAUUCUUGGUCUUUAGAGGUAGAAGUGAAGGGGAUGGAUGCAGGAUCUCCAGCACCUCUCCUCUCUUUCUCCACCGCCAAAGUCCCUCUGCCUGUCUUACUCCACCCCCUAGUCCUUCCCACAAUUCUCUGUAUACACCAAAAGAUGGAGCCAGCACAGAAUAGUGGGAAGGGCCAUUUUCCAAGCAUAUGCUAAUAGAGUAUUGUCCAAUCAGUAGUUAGCCUUAAGUGCUCGGUUGUCCAAGUGCAUCUGCUCAGAGUAUCAGCCCUUUACAGGAACUGCCACAGAUGGGAAAUCUGACUCUUGGCCUUCUGGUUUUUAUUUAUACUUGUUGGCUGAAUCCACGUGAUAUUUCUUCUCAAAUAAAUGCUUCAAUGAAAAUGCUGUUUUAUGUUAAAAAUAAUUAAAAGGUCAUUCCAUUAGUCAUAGAGGCAUGGGUGGCUUAGUCACUGACAGAUCAGCAGGCUGUUUGGGGGGUGGGCGGCCGUCCCGGAGGACAGCUGGGCGAUUCCAGGAUUUCCAUCUGGGCAUCCUAGGAUUGCCUGGAAAGAUCCCAACAUCUUCUCUUGCUCAGAUGGGAGCAUAAUGUAGCCUUUGCUCACGUGUCAAGAGGGAAAGCUGGGUCUCAGGCUCUUUGAAAAGUCAAAAGGGUCAUAAUUGACCAUGGAAAAGACAUCAAGGAUCAUGAAAUUCAAAUCCAGAAGGUUCAAAAGAUAAGUCGCUUCAAAUACUGUAUUCCCUUUAAACCCAAUAAUAAUAUAAACUUUUUUUUUUUUUAAACUACCAGGGGACUGGAGGUAGGGCCGUUAACUGCCACAACUCCUGGGGAGGAACCUUUGCCCCCCAGCCCUUCUCCUUCUGCAGGGUUGGGUUUAUUUGUCCAGGAUUGUAGUUGAUAUGAAUUUAUUCAUUUAGGCUCAGUUCCUAUUCAGUGAAAAAAUACUGUGACAUCUUCCCUUCCUGCUGGCUUUCACUCAGUCAUCCGUCUUAUAAUGGAGUCCAUUGCACAAGUAUAUUAACAGCAACAAUAAUAAUAAGUUAACGUUUAAUAAUAGUUAAUGUUAAGAUUUAGUUAACCAUAACGACAAUAAUAAUAUUACCUCAACAUAUAUUCUCUUAACAACCUGAGAUUUCUCAGUAUUCUCUGUCCCCGUGGAUCCUUACUCUGCUGAUGGGCCAGUUCUUCUCUGAGGCAUCAUUUUAAGGGACUCUCCCAGCCCGGCCAUCUUGGGAUUCCUCCCCAGGCUUCUCUCGCCACUCUCUUGCGCAUUGAAUUUUAUUUGUGUUCUCAGUGCUUGGUACAGUGCUUAUUGGGGAAGGCUUCGUGGAGGAGGUGACAUCUGGAAUAAAUCUUAGAGGAAGACAAUGAUUCUGAGAGUGCAUUUUAGACAAGGUGAAUAACUUCUGUGAACUUGAGAGAGAAAUAAUUCUUAAUAAUCAAUGAUUUGGGGAUCCAGAGUUCACCCCCCUUUUUCUAAUGCUCAGCCUCUCAAGGUGAUGAUAGCAGAUAGGAUUAAUAUUUUCUUCAGUCUAGGUUUUGCUACCCCUUCCCCCAGCCCAACAAAGAAUUUUAUCUAAAGGGAAACUCCUGGCCCACAGUGCUUUGCUCAGCCCUAGGUGGGGGACAGAUUUGGGGAGUGAUUUGGAAGUAAAUGAUGGAUCAAAGUUAGGACUCCUACUAGGGGCAGCUGGGUGGUGCAGUGGAUAAAGCGCCAGCCCUGAAAUCAGGAGGAGCUGAGUUCAAAUGUGAACU